UUGUGGUAUAAAUUUUAUUCUCCACCAUUCAGUUCGAGAUAGAUCCCCCCCUCUCUCCUGUUCAGGAAGGAAUAGCAGAGAGCGAGAGAGAGGCAAAACCGCGUGAAACCCUAGUCCCGUCCCGUCGCGCUCUCUCUCUCUCUCGCGGGCGUCUGCAUUCUUAGCUGUGUAAAUCUACCGCUUCCACGAGAGGGAGAUCAGGGCCGCUUUCUCAAUCUCAUCCUGCAAGACCCCAACACAGAACGGACCUCUCCAAGUCUCUCUACCUUCUCUUGGAGCCAUAACCAUGGUGUUCUGGGUUUUUGGAUAUGGUUCAUUGGUUUGGAACCCUGGAUUUGAGUAUGAUGAGAAAGUGAUAGGCUUCAUCAAGGAUUACAGGCGUGUUUUUGAUCUUGCGUGUAUUGAUCACAGAGGUACGCCUGAAAGGCCAGCAAGAACUUGCACCUUGGAAAGGAGUGAAGGAGUCAUUUGUUGGGGAGCUGCUUAUUGUGUACGAGGAGGCCUGCAACAGGAAAAGGCUGCAAUGGAGUUCUUGGAGAAGAGAGAGUGCGAGUAUGACCAGAAGAACUUUUUAGACUUCUACACGGAAGGCGACACCAUGCAGCCUGCUAUAACUGGAGUGAUAGUAUUUACAUCCACCCCAGACAAAGAAUCUAAUAAAUACUACCUGGGGCCUGCUCCAUUGGAAGACAUGGCCAGACAAAUUGCAACUGCUUCUGGCCCUUGUGGGAACAACAGAGACUAUCUUUUCAAGUUGGAGAAGGCCAUGUAUGAUAUUGGUCAUGAAGACGAUAUGGUUAUCGAGCUUGCUAAUGAAGUGAGGAAGGUCCUUGAAAUUGUACCCUUGAAAAAGAAGAUGGUUGUGCCAUCCCACAUCCCGCUCAAGUCCCAUGCCCAACCUCUUCAACUUGUUGUGCUGCCAGAAGCCGUCGCAAUGGACUCCUAAGCCGAAUUCAGUGUGCUGAAGAGGGUGCUAACUCCAAUUUUUAUCAUCUAACCCUAUACUUGAUGGAAUGAAUUCAAUUUGCUGAAGAGGAGGGUGCAAAUGCGAGGCUCUAUCUAACCCACCUUAUAUACUGUUAACAAUAUUCUUCCGGAAGAUUCCUUGAAAAUGUUGGUUAGCAGAGUAGUAGAUCUCAUUGUACUCCUAAGCAUCAUCCUAAUGAUACUUUGAUUUAGGCUUUUCUUACCAUUCACCAGCCCUUGUCUUGUGUUUUUUUCUUACCCCAGAAAUUAGGACUCUCUUUUAGAAUUAAGACUAGAAAGAAGGAAUGACUUCGAUUAACAGCUGUCCGCUGCCUUUCCAUCCAUUACAGUUUUAAGCUUUCUCUUGUCAACGUUGAAUUUAGAUUAAAAAAAAAAAAAUUUAAAGAACCCCCCCAGGGUGGUUUGGGGGAAACUUUUUCAUA